CAAUCAUUUUUGCACAUCAACCCCACCAUCCAACUUGGUUUAUAAAAAGUCAACACUCACCUUCCUUUCUCUUAAUCAUCCAUUCCCAUCUCUUAGCCACCAAAAUCUUCUUUUAUCUUAAUCCUUUCUAAAAAAUGGAGUUCUCAACAUUUCACCCUUCUUCUUGGCAUUCUUUCUUUACCUCACCUUUUCUCUUCCCUUAUCAUUUCAUCCCUGAAAAUUACGUUCAUUGGACAGAAACCCCGGAAUCACACAUAUACUCAGCUGACCUUCCUGGUGUUAAGAAAGAGGACAUAAGAGUAGAAGUUGAGGACUCAGUCUACCUAAUAAUAAGAACAGAAAGCGAAAAUGAAACAACAGGGGAGCCUGUAAGGUGCUUCAUGAAAAAAUUUAGACUACCAGGUAUGAUAGAUGUGAAUGGAAUCUCAGCUGGUUACGAAGACGGGGUCUUGACAGUCACAGUCCCGAGAUUUUCUGUUAGAACAGGAUUUCAUAUUGAACCAUCAGACGUAUCUGAACAGCUCGGAGUUCUUGCAAGAGCUGCUUGAUAAUCCAAAGAUUCACAGACAUUUCUUUAUUCGCUCCUUUUAGAUUAUAGCUAAAUCUGUAUUGGAUGCGCUAGAUCUGAAGAUUGUUGUUACUGAAUCACUAUGUUGUACAUAAAAAUUGUUAGAAGCAGCUUAAAAUUUCAAUGGCUUAUCUUAAUAUGUGUUUGCA